AUGUCUGCCCCCAAGUCCACUGUGCCUAUUGCACUUUCCACCGAGGCAAUUGAAGACCUCAUUUACGAUGCCCGAGCCGGUGAUCUCGAGGCUUUGAAUGCCGACAUCGCCACCUUGGCUUCGCAGCACAACUGCCCGGAGUGGCAAAUCGUAGCAUCGGCCAUCGAUAUGGAAGAAGAAAGCGAGGGCGGCACCGGCGCCUGCGUGUUGCACUUCCCUGCCGCGAAUGGAAACUCCGAAAUUCUCAACGCUCUUCUCCAAAAACUUGCUGGUGCCGAUGCGGCGCAGCGCACAGCGUUUGUGAACCACCGUAACCACUCUGGUAACACAGCGCUGCACUGGGCUGCGCUGAACACCCACUUGGAGUGUGUCAAGGCGCUUGUCGAGGCGGGUUCGGAUGUUGCUAUUAAGAACGACGCUGGCCACGAUGCUGUUUUCCUUGCUGAGCGGGCUGCUUGGUCUGCUUCCGCGGAGGAGGUCAAGGAGGAUGAGGAGGGCAACCAGGAGAUUGAGAUGACCAUUGGCGAGGAACAGGAGGGUGGUGAGGAGGGUGCUUCUAAUGCUGGGGAGAUGUCUCCGGGCAGACAGGUUGUUGAGUGGUUGUUGAGCUCAGAGAAGUCGGCUGGUCUGGAGAGUGGUGCCAAUGAGGGAUCAAGCUCUGCGUGA